GGUGGUCACGUGACGCGAGCUUCGUAAUAUAUGAUGCGCGCGGGGCAGAAGAGCAUCUCAUUCCCUCCACCCAUGAGAUGUGAGAUGAGCAUCUGAAGUGUCGUUCACUAGAGCUGCAUCACUGCUGCAUCCCUUCAUCUCUCCAUCUGUGAGGAGCACCUGCUCGAGCUAUGUGAAGUUUUCCUCAGAGCUCCUUCCAUCAUGCUGUUCCCCUCCUCGAAGUCCGACGUCAAAGGCGUUCUGGACGGAGUGGCGGAGACCACAUUCAGGACCAUCACAUCCGGACUGCAGUUCUUGGGUUCCAACGACAUCGGCUACGACGAGCAGAUCGUGGAUGGCGUCUUCUCCAAAGGCGGAUAUGCGCUGCACAAGCCGCCAUCAGCAUACCGCCGGAGCUCUUUCUCCGGUAAGGUGGGACCGGACGAGGAGCUCAUCCUGAAGGGCAUCCCGUUCUAUCCCACCAACGGCUCGGAUGGGUUGGGGAACUGGAGCCUGGGGGAAGACGGGAGCAGCCUGCAGUGCGGCGAGAACUUCAUGGACAUGGAAUGCUUCAUGAUUCUGACCCCGAGUCAGCAGCUGGCGGUGGCCGUGCUGUCUCUCACGCUGGGCACUUUCACGGUGCUGGAGAACCUGGUGGUCCUGUGCGUCAUCCUGCAGUCCCGUACUCUCCGCUGCAGGCCGUCCUACCAUUUCAUCGGCAGCCUGGCCAUCGCCGACCUGCUGGGCAGCGUGAUCUUCGUUUACAGCUUCUUGGACUUCCACGUGUUCCACCGUAAGGACAGUCCCAACGUGUUCCUGUUUAAACUGGCCGGCGUGACGGCCUCCUUCACCGCCUCGGUGGGAAGUCUCUUCCUCACCGCCAUCGACCGCUACGUGUCCAUUCACCGGCCGCUGGCGUACAGGCAGAUCGUGACACGCACCAGGGCGGUGAUCGCCUUCUGCAUGAUGUGGGUGAUCUCGGUGGUGAUCGCCGUGCUGCCGCUGCUGGGCUGGAACUGCAAGCGGCUCAACUCGGUGUGCUCGGACAUCUUCCCGCUGAUCGACGAGAACUACCUGAUGUUCUGGAUCGGCGUGACCAGCGUGCUGGUGCUCUUCAUCUUUUACGCCUACAUGUACAUACUGUGGAAGGCGCACCACCACGCCGUGAGGAUGCUGAGGCGCACGUCGCAGAAGAGCCUGGUGGUGCACUCGGCCGACGGCACCAAGGUGCAUGCGGCCAGGCCGGAUCAGGCCCGCAUGGACAUCCGCUUGGCCAAGACGCUGGUGCUGAUCCUGGCGGUGCUGGUGAUCUGCUGGGGGCCUCUGUUGGCCAUCAUGGUGUACGACCUGUUCUGGCGGAUGGACGACAACAUCAAGACGGUGUUCGCCUUCUGCACCAUGCUGACGCUGCUCAACUCCACCGUUAACCCCAUCAUCUACGCUCUGAGGAGCAAAGACAUGCGGCGGGCCUUCCGUGCCACCUGCCGGGGCUGCAGGAGUACCUCCGGCACAACUCUGCCGCUGGACAACAGCCUGGAGUCGGAUUAUCAGAACAGACAUCAGCACCUCGCUACCGGCCGAGCGGCCGAGAGCUGCGUCAAGACCACUGUGAAAAUAGCCAAGCUGACCAUGUCCGUUUCGGCCGAGACGUCCGCCGAAGCUGUCUGAGCGUCCGGACGGUGGAAGUGCCAAACCUUUCUCUGAACUCCAUACGUCGGGGCUUCUUCCGUUUGGUUUUCAUCGUUUGCCGUUCAACUGGAGAUGUGUGGAUGUCGUGUGUGCUUUGUUAAAGUUGACUCUAUUUUUAUACUUUACAACUUUCGGUUCUGAACAAUGAAAUCUUCUCACAUGGGAAUAAGGGGCUAAUGAUCUUUUCGAUAUGAACAUUUAAAUAUGUAUAAAUGUGUGCGGCGGUGAACCAUGAAAGAGUCUAGUUGUUUAUUUUGUCUAGGAUUCAUAUAUUGUACAGUUAUGAUGAAGGAAGGUGUAAUUUGUUUGGUUUGUUUGGUAUUCUGUCGUGUUUACUAAUAUUUAUGUGGGCCGUAGGUCCAUGAAAUGACACUUUACAUGUUGUGAAGACGAUGAAAAAUCAACAUGGUUUUCAAAUAACUUUUUCAAAGGAUAGACGAAUAACAACGAUCACAAUAAUGUUGUGUUGAGUGGAACUUCUGCUGGUGUGUUUUUCAGUUGUAGGUGAAAAUAUUUUACAAACCCCUGAGAAAAUGCCCAUGAAAACAUCUUGUGCUUCAGUAUCAGUCUGUAAAUAUCAUGAUUGUACAGUAAUUAUUCCUCCAACUGUGAUGUGGUGUGAUGGAUCCGUUCAAAAGUAUACAUGUUAUUAAAGCUUAAAAUCAUAAAGUGGCUUUCGUCCCAAAGUUGUUCUAUAAAGUCUGUCUCGAGGUGACGAGUCUCAAAAUGCAAAACUUUGUGGCUGCUCGCACAUGUGUGUAUCACUAUUUGAUCCAUUUCAAGUUUUCUUUUUAAUAAAGUCUGUUCUGACCACUG